GGCGUCUUUGACCUCCAACAAGUGCUUGACAACAGCAGCUGCAAUCUCCUCCAAGUGUCUACAACAUGUCAUGGAACAAGGGCUGGUGGUGGCACUUCGACAGGGUGCUAGAGUUGGAGAGCCAAAAAAGGCAGUUGGAGAACCAAAACUGGCAGUUGGAGCAACAAAACUCUAGACUGUCCAGUGAGAAGCGUGACCUGGAGAGCAGGGUGAGGAGGUUGGGUUAUGAAAACACCAAUCUAUUAGAAGAGAAGAUGAGGGUUGCUCAUGAGUCCUCAAGAAAGGUCUCCGCACUGGAGUACCGGGUGCGGGAGUUAGAGCACCAAAACACCAAACUGUCCAGUGAGCUGGUGAAGCAACGGGAGAACACGAGGAAGGCGGGUCAGCUGUUCAUGAAUGCUGCCGAUACGUACCAACAAGUAGCAGAGAAGCAAAUUAGGACAAAGGAAGAGGAAUUGGCAAACACGAGGAAGGCAGGCCUCCUGUUAAUGAACGCUGCUGAUACGUACCAAGAAGUAGCAAGGAAGCAAAUUAAAGCAAAGGUGGAGGACCUAGAGGAUGCGAGGAAGGCGGUUUUGGUGGUCAUGAAUGCUGCCGAUACAUACCAACUAGAAGCGGAGAAGAAAAUUAAGGAUAAGGUGGAGGAAUUGAGGGUCCUUGGGGUCCAGAAGGCAGAAAUGGAUGCGAGGGCUGCAUCUUUGGAAUCAGGGCUUAAGACAGCUCUAGCGAAGAAUCAGGAAUUGGAGGCUGAGUGUGAUAAGGUGAUGAUUGAAAAUAAUAUGCUUUGGUUGGAGGUUGAGAGGCUCAUGAUGGAAUUGAGGGUAAUGGCACACAAGAAAGAGGCAGCUGCAAAUGCAUUUGGUGCUGAAAAGGCAGAAACUAUGAAGGAAUUGAAAGACCAUGAGAUGAAUGUGGAGGAAAUUACGACUAGCAUGGAUUUGAUGAAGGGUGAAAAUGAUAAGAUUCAGUUGGAGAUCUUGACAGCAGGCAGAAACAUUGCUUGCUUGAAUUAGAUGUGUUAGUAGAGGCAAAAUCAAGAAGGAAUCCGGGGACAUGAAGGGGGAAUUGAAGGAAAUCAAGGAUGCAGAUUUCAUGAAGGUUGAAAAUGAAAGCGUUGGUUAGAGGUUUUCACUGCAGAACAAAAACAUAGUCUGCCAGGAGCAGAAGUUGAGAGGCUCAAGGAGAAUAUUUGGAUGAUAUAUUUUCUUGAAACAUGUAUAUCUCUCUGGAUCGUCCAGAAGCUAGGGUGGCCCUUUUGGUGCGACCUGUUUCUAUCCACUUGAAAACAAUAAAAUAAAUUGCUGCUUUGGA